AUGCCUCCCGCCAUGACAGACCUCCUGGACAUCUGGGCGGCCCACUCGCCCCUGGCCGGACAUGCUCCGGACCAGAUCACCGUGGACUUUCUGCUGCCCACUGGGAUCUACAUCCAGAUGGAUGUUCCUCGAGAGGCUACAAUUCAGCACAUCAAACUGCUCUUAUGGAAGCAGGCUCAGACCUUCCCGCUCUUUCCCUCCCUUGGAGAAAUGGAGAGCCACAUGUUCGAGUGUGUCAACCAGGCGGCCGUACACGAAGAACUGGAGGAUGAAACCCGCCGACUGUGCGACGUUCGGCCUUUUCUGCCAGUCCUCAAACUGGUAAUGCGCAACUGUGCACGUGCGGAGCGCCUGCUGGACUCUAAAAUCGGCGUGCUUAUUGGGAAAGGUUUUAAACACCAGCAUGUUGAAGACUCGACCAGUCUGAAGGUGUCAUCGUCCUGCACCACCUCUGAGCUGAUGGAGAUGGCGGUGAAGAAGUGGCUGACCACUCACGCGCCUGAGGAGGAGGCGUGGAGGGGUCAGUAUUUUCUCAGAGUCAGCCAGCGCCUGGAGUUCCUCUGUGGAGACCAUCCUUUGACUCAGUACAAGACUCGAAACACUGUGUGA